AUGUGCUCUCAUCAGGCUGAAUUUACUGUCGCAAAACAUGUGGUUGGUUUUAUGAGUAUUGUUAUGGAUGGAUGUAUCUUCAUUUGGGUGGGCAGCAGAAAUCGCCUAGAUACCUUAUGUUUUGCACAAAAUUUCCGGGGAAUGAAUCUGAUCGAAUCACCAAAACAAGAUUAUUUAGCAGACAGCUUCGCUGUAAAACUUAAUAAGCUAUUUCCCAACAAGCAGAUGUUGCGAGUAUUUCGUGGUCGGAACAUUGUGCUAGUAUUUCGCAAUCAGCAACGUUUUUGUAAAGUUGAAGGUGUCGUAAAUGAAAAAAAGAUUGAGAUUGAGAAGACACCACGAGGCAAGCUGGAUCAUGAGCUUGAAAUGGGCAAAGAGAAUAAACGUUACGAAGAUCCAUAUCUCCCAAAACAUCCCAGAGGCAUCAAUCCAAUAACCGGGGAAAUUGGUGGGCCAGCUGGACCGGAACCGACUCGCUUCGGCGAUUGGGAACGGAAAGGACGUUGCAUUGAUUUCUAA